ACGAACACGUGAAAAGCUGUCAAAAAGUUCCAUUUAUGAAAAUUUCGAGAUACUACAAAAUGCUGGCGUCUUUUGGACUUUGGAGCCCUCCAAUCAAACAAAAACCGGUUUCAAUUUUCAAUUUCUUUUUCAAAUCUUAAUUAUACAGGCAGUUCUUUCUCACUUCACUGGCUCACCGCUCACACUCUCUCCCUCACACUAAAUUCUUCUCUCUUCUUUUCGAUUUUCUCGAAGUUCAUCAUCUACUUCCAGCUCCAGGUUUCGCCGCGAUUUUGCUUUUAGAGCAUAACCAAAAACUGAGAGAAAAUAGUGGAAGAGAAAGGAAAAGAAUACCCAAGAUUGUCUUGACGAGCUGCUAAGAAAGUUGAAGAUCUGCGGAGAAGAUGGUGAAACAUCGGUUGAGAGAUUCUAUGAAAUCUUUAUUUAAAAGCUACAUCGACCCUGAAAAGGAAGCGCAGCUGAAAGGAGCUAAAGGAGAAAUUCAAGACAAGGUGAAAAGAAUAUUGAAACUUAUUAAAGAUGAACAUCUUGAAGAGGAUGAUGCUCCAUUAGAACUUUCUAAGAAGGAAUCACUUGUUAAAUUGAUAGAGGAUUUCCACAUUCAAUACCAAUCACUCUAUGCAAAGUAUGAUAAUCUAACAGAUGAGUUGAGGAAAAAGAUCAUUGGCAAGAAAGGAAAGGAGAGUUUUUCUUCCAGCUCAGACUCGGAUUCUGAUUAUUCUUCAAUGGACAAAGACAGCAAAAAUGGACAACUGGAAAAUGAAUUUCAAAAGACAAUUAAUGGCAUGAAGCAAGAACUUCAAACAGCACAGAGGGAAGUUGCGGAAUUAAAUCAGAAGUUGACAAUGACAAGUGAAGAGAAACAGGAUCUAAUGAAGAAACUUGAAAGUACUGAGAAUGAGUCGUCUUCUAAAAUAGCAAAUUUAUCAUCUCAAAUAAACAAUCUGCUGGCCGAAAUGGGUAAACUACAUGCUCAGAAAACUGAAACUGAGGAAGAGAUGAACAAAGCUACAGCACAAAUGAUGGUGCUCACUACCCAAGUUGACAACCUGCAAAGAGACUUACUAUUGUUGCAGAAAGAGAAAGAAGAAAUGAUACUCCACUGUGAAAGAGCUGCAAAAAGUUUUUUAAUGUUAGAGGAUGAGAGAAAUGGGUUUGCAACCAAAGCUUUGGAUCUUAACAGAGCAUUGGAAGAACGAGAAGAUGCAUAUGAGAAGUUAAAUGAAGAGUAUAUGCAAGUAGAUAAUUGGUAUAAGGAAUGCAAGGCGAAACUAGAAGCUGCAGAGAAGAAGAUCCAAGUAAUGACAGAAGAAUUUCAUGAAGACAUUGGCUCAAAGGACCAGAUGAUAGCAGAUUUGGAACAAACAACAGAAGACUUGAAAAGAGACCUUGAAGAGAAAGGAGAUGAAAUUAAUACUUUACAUGAGAAUAUUAGCAUCCUUGAGGUUAAGCUUCGUAUGUCAAACCAAAAGCUCCGGGUUGCUGAUCAAUUGCUAAGUGAGAAAGAGGAGGGCUUCAGGAAAGCAGAAGAGAAGUUCCAUAACGAUCAGAGAUCACUUGAAGAGAGGAUUGCCAAAUUGUCAGCAACUAUUGCUAUUCAGGAGGAUGCUUAUCAGGAAAUUGUGUUUGGCAUUAAAGAAAGUGUGAACAGUGUGAUGACUGGAACCGAAAAUAUUGUGUGGAAAUUUGAGGAUGAGUGUAAAAAUUAUGAGAACUAUAUCUCAAACAUGUCACAUGAGCUUCACAUUGCAAGGAACUAUGUCAGGGAGAUGAACAAGGAAAAAGUGCAACUGAAGGAGAAAAUAAACCAUUUGGAGGAGCAACUACAGGAUAAAAAGAAGCAGGAGUUGGAUUUGAGGCAGAUGGUGAAGAAGUUAGAUGAAAAGGCAAGAGAGGAGGAACUAGCGAAGAAGAAUCUAAGGACAAAUGUAGUUCAACUUGAGAACACUAUUGGAGAGCUACAAAAAUUGGUGAAAGAGAAAGACCAAGGUAUGUUGCAGUUGGCUGAGGAGAAGAGGGAGGCCAUUAGGCAGCUGUGUCUGGGAAUCGAUUAUCAUCGCAGUCGUUAUAAGACUCUCAUGGACGUUGUAUCAAGGACUCGCAGAGGCUAGAGAGCAAUAUAAUAAAUCCAGGUAAUUCUUUUACAAACCAAUGCCAGAUUUAUGUUAUAUACCAAUAUUUGAACUUUAAUCAGUUCGUUAUUCCCCCAAAUAUUUGUGAUCCGUUUGUAGAAUGAGUCACCGUGUAGAAAGUUGGUGUUCUCGUUUUCUCCCUCUUUCAUUGCCUCCGCAGUCCGUACUAUUCAAAAGCAUGGUGGCCAAUUUUCUAUAUAUAAAUCGAAAUCCCGUUAAACCA